AUGUCUGAUAUUCGCUCAAUGCUCGUCUGGAUAUUUUGGUAUCCAGAGCUUCCUUCUGGAAGAGAGAACAACAACGCAAUCCGGACUCGACUCCUCAUCUCCUUGGUCCUAUCCUUCAUCGUCAUACUCUGCAACAUCCCACUCAUCCUCGCCCUCCCACACAUUACCAUCCUCUGUAUCUUCACCUUGAUAUUCGACAUCGGUGUCCUCUCCGAGCUCAACAAGGAAACAUCCCCCGAAGAAGCUUCAUUCCUCUCCAACACACUCUCAAGCGCCUCUGGGCCGUUCAGCUCAGGCAUCUUCGGGAACAGGAGGAAAGCGUCGAUUGCCGCGUGGGUUCUCUCCAUUUUAUGGAGCGCCGUUGCGGUCAAUGUGGUCUGGUUUGGCGUACAGAUGAUCCUUCAUCCAUCAAUGGCGCUCUUCCUUAUCACGACCAUCGUCGGGAUUGAAACAAUUGCGAACUUGGGACAGGCGAUGGCUUUGAGGGGUGCGGGAGUCCUGUUGUGGAGGGCGCAAUACCAGCAAGGAUACUUGGCCCUUUAA